UAGAAUUCCGUAGCUAGUCCGUAGCUAAUUAGCUACGGAUUAGCUACGGAUUAUACUUAUUUUCGAUUUUUCGGGCACCAAACGUCGUUUUUCCGCUUCGUUUUUCUCACACCUCUAUUAUAAAUGAUUAUCUCUAUUUUCACCAACUUAUAGCUAUUAAUAUCAUUCAUAAAGUCGUUUGCACUUCGGGAUCAAGUACUCGUUGCACAAUUUAAUAAUAUAAUGACUAUAUUUUUCACCAAGUUGUGAUUGGUUUAUGUUUGUAUACAUGAAUAAUUUGUGGUAUAUAUGUAUGUGUAUAUGUCUAUGUAUACGUGUUUGUGAGUAUUUAUAUGUGAACGUAGAUGAUAAUCAUUAUAGUUUUAAACCAUUAAAUGAGUAAUGGAUCCCAUUUGUGCACUCGACUUUUGGUGCCUGAAAUAAUAAUAAUAAUAAUAAUAAUAAUAAUAAUAAUAAUAAUAAUAAUAAUAAUAAUAAUAAUAAUAAUAAUAAUAAUAGAAAUAAUAAUAAUAAUAAUAAUAAUAAUAAUAAUAAUAGAAAUAAUAAUAAUAAUAAUAAUAAUAAUAAUAAUAGAAAUAACAAUAAUAAUAAUAAUAAUAAUAAUAAUAAUAAUAAUAGAAAUAAUAAUAAUAAUAAUAAUAAUAAUAAUAAUAAUAAUAAUAAUAAGAUGUUUAAAUAGAAUAGUCAAGCAUGUUGGCAUGGAUGUGGCAUGCCCGGCCGGUUGGUAAGUUUGUGUCAUUGUAAGUAGGCAACCUGAGUUCGAAUCCCACCCAUGUUUUUUUUUCUGCUGGCCGUAGCUAAUGCGUAGCUAAACCGUCGCUAAAACCGGUCCGUAGCAGAUUCCGAAGCUGGGCCGUAGCAAAUCGGUAGCUAUUUUUUUAAUUAAAAUCCAUUAUAUUUCCUUGUUAUGUUGAAUACCCCACGACUUUUAACCCCCUCCCUUCAGCGAACAAUACAGAAAGAAAAGAAAGAAACUGAAGACUUCUCCCUCUCGUUCGUGGACAAUCGCCGGCAACUUCUUCCCGUUCGUCGAGCGCUGCCGUCGCCGACCUUCUUCUCCGGCGCACAUUCCCUUCUCUCUCUCGGCCUUUUGCUCGAUUCUUCCCUAAAAAGUUUUAGAUCGAAAUGUUGUCUAAUAGAGAAUGGAUGUACACAAAAAGACUCGAUAAUCGUCGUUUGUUUAAUCCACAAUGGCCACAUUAUGUUAAUUUCUUUUUGGAUGUUGCUUAUGCGAACGCAACAAACAUCCAACAUAUCAUUAGGGAACGGGUUAUACGCCUCAGUUUCCAAAUACAGGUGCUGAGUUGCCGACCCCACAAACGGUUUUGAGGCCGGGUGGUCGUGAUGGAUUUGAGGAGUACUAUUUUGAGGGUGCAGAUGCACAGACAACCUUUCGGUCGCCACAGACCCCGCACACGCCACGGCCACCGAACACACCACCGACGCCGCAUGGCUCCACCUCUAGAGGUGUUACGGGCGGCCACGACUCGAAUGCGAGUGAUUUUCAGGAGUCUUCGUUGCCCCUCAUCAGCCGAAAAGGGAAAAAGUUUGGGUCUAGGAAAAUCCACAGCACGUGUAUUAGUCUCUAUUGGGAGAAUAUGGAUCAUCCGUGGCCCCGAUUUAGUGAUAUUCCCAAUGAGGCCCUUUUGCAGAUGUUUUCGCGUUUCAAGACCAUGUACAGGUGGAAUUCACUAGAGAAUAGUAACAUAUUUGAUGCCUUCAAGUGUGUCCUCAAGGAUAGAUACAGGGAUCGGAUGAAGCGUAUCAGGAUUAAAUCUGGGGAAAUGGCACGAAAUGAUGGGAAACCCGUCACCCUAGGUCAUUGUACCUACUACGAAGGGAUGCAUGACUACCGCCCUGGGCGCGUACCAGAGAAUGUGUGGCGACGUUUGUGUGAUCAUUGGUCGACAGAUAAGUGGAGAAAGAAUUCAAAAAUUGCUCAGCAGAACCGCAAAGUCGCAGAUGCCAAUGGGUCGACAGCUAGGCACACCGCGGGUUGUAUAGGAUUUCACGAGCACCGUAACAACUUAGAAAAGAUUAUGGGUAAACCACCCACACAAUUUGAUGUUUUCAUGAAGACGCAUGGCACAGCUGAGGCGAAAAAAAGAUAUUUUGCGGGAGAUCAUGAAAAUCUCGAAUAUUGCUCACUAACUGCCAAAGAAGCACAAGAGAUGUAUCUAGAGGAGAUGGUCAAAAAACACGGAGAAGACUCUUCAAACCAUAAAGAUGAUGCGAGGGUAUGGGAGGAAAUUCAACUUAGGAGAACAGGAAAGAAGAAGGGUGAUAUCUAUGGCAUAGGAGCAUCAGAUAUACAUUUUGUGAUUACUGGGACACCGUCUUCCCAAUCCACCCAAUCCACCCAAUCGGAUAGUACACAACAAGAGGUUGAUAGGUUGCGUGCACAAGUUUCUACCAUGGAACAACAACAACAACAACAAAUGAAAGAACAAAUGGAAAUGGUUAUGAGGAUGAUGAAUAUGUCUGGAAAUCAACCCCGUGCUCCCCCCGAUAAUCCACCUGAGGACAAUUGAUAAGUAUUUUGGAACAAUUUAGUUUGUAAACAUUUGAUAUUGUUUGUUUUGUUAAGUAGUGCUUACUUUUGUAAGGUAUUUUGGAUAAUGGAUUGGAAUUGUCAAACUUGGUAUUAUGGACGUUUUUUUGGUGUAUUUUAUAUGGUAUUUGGGACAAAUGUGAAUUGAA